UUAAUUUCCUGUGCUGCAAAACUGCAUUGAGAUUUCCUUGUCUUGUUUGUCUUUUCAUACUUUACUCUUUUUUUUUUUCUUCCCUGUUUAGGUCUUUUGGUUCUACACACCUCCAUGGCUAUUUUGGGUUUGCUUGUUGAAUGAAACAUGGGUGAAUAGUUUUGGAGUGUUUCAGUUUUUUGCAAGAGAAGGGUAAUGCUUGUCUAGUUAAACAAGGCCAUGCCAGUUUUCAGUUCCUUUCACUCUUACAAUAAUUGUCUUUUCCAACUUGCAUGCAUCAUCACAUUACCAUUAUUGACAGCAUUUUCCAUCAUUACUUUCUGUCAUCUUACCUCAAACAAUCGCUUACUUUUUCAUUCGCAGACAUAAAUAAUUAUAUAAAAAGAUCAGAGAAGAGUCUUUAAGUGAAGUUGGUGUGAUUUUUGGUUUACAAAUUCCAGUGAUCAACAAAGCCAAACAUGCCAGUGAGGCAGAUGAAAGAAAGCUCUGAGCAACACAUUGUGAUUAAACCCCAUUCUCAGAACCACAUGAAUAAGGCACCAAAAGCUGCACAAAAUGGAAAAGGACCACCACCACCACCACCACAAGAGAACCACCAGCAGCACAACAACAACCACCACCACCACAACCACCAGUCAUCACCUCAACCAAGAAACAAAGGGAGAAGAAGGGGCAGAGGUGGGAGAAAAUCUGAUCAAGGAGAGAUUUUGAUGAGACCAAGUUGCAGGCCCUGCACUGCUGGUGCUGCUCCUCCUCCUGUGACAGCAAAUGGGAUUAAUAGUAAUAAUGUUGAGAAUGGCUGCAAGAUCAGUGGUGGUGAUGGUGGUAACAUAACAGACAUGGGUUUUCCCACUUCAAGCAAAUCCUUGAGCUUUGCUCGCAGGCCUGGCUAUGGACAAGUUGGGACAAAAUGCAUUGUCAAGGCUAAUCACUUCUUUGCUGAGCUACCGGACAAGGACUUGAACCAAUAUGAUGUAACAAUUAGCCCAGAAGUGAGUUCAAGAGCAGUAAAUCGGUCCAUAAUAGCAGAACUUGUGAGGCUUUACAAAGAGUCUGAUUUGGGGAUGAGGCUUCCUGCUUAUGAUGGCAGGAAAAGUCUGUACACUGCUGGCCAGCUUCCCUUUGCCUGGAGAGAAUUUAAGAUAAAGCUUCUUGAUGAUAAUGAUGAUGGAGUUAAUGGCCCCAAAAGGGAAAGGGAAUAUAGGGUGGUGAUCAAGUUUGUUGCUCGUGCAAACUUGCAUCACUUGGGCCAGUUUCUAGCCGGCAAGCGAGCUGAUGCACCACAGGAGGCACUUCAGAUUCUUGAUAUUGUACUGAGAGAGCUAUCAACUAAGAGGUACUGCCCCAUUGGGAGGUCCUUCUUUUCACCUGAUAUUAGAACACCUCAACGGCUUGGAGAGGGGUUGGAAUCAUGGUGUGGAUUCUACCAGAGCAUAAGGCCUACUCAGAUGGGCCUUUCCCUCAAUAUUGACAUGGCUUCUGCUGCAUUCAUUGAGCCUCUUCCAGUAGUAGAAUUUGUUGGCCAACUGAUAUAGGCAUAGCUUGAUAAGGCUUACUAUUUGUCAUUAAUAUUGGUGAAGAUUAAGAAAGCCCUUAGAGGAGUUAAGGUUGAAGUAACACACAGAGGAAGUGUAAGAAGGAAAUAUCGCGUUUCAGGAUUGACUUCUCAACCAACAAGAGAACUUGUGUUCCCUGUUGAUGAGAACUCAACUAUGAAGUCAGUGGUUGAAUACUUUCAAGAGAUGUAUGGUUUCACUAUUCAAUACACUCACCUUCCUUGCCUUCAAGUAGGAAACCAAAAGAAGGCAAACUACUUACCCAUGGAGGCCUGUAAAAUUGUGGAGGGGCAAAGGUAUACAAAAAGAUUGAAUGAGAAGCAAAUUACUGCACUGCUCAAAGUUACUUGCCAGAGACCACGCGAUCGCGAAAAUGACAUCUUACGGACGGUGCAACAUAAUUCUUAUAAUGAAGAUCCUUAUGCAAAGGAAUUUGGUCUUAAAAUCAGUGAAAAGCUAGCUUCUGUUGAAGCACGAAUUCUUCCUGCCCCUUGGCUUAAAUACCAUGAAAGUGGGAAAGAAAAGAACUGUUUACCCCAAGUUGGUCAGUGGAACAUGAUGAACAAGAAAAUGAUUAAUGGAAUGACUGUUAGCCGGUGGGCGUGCAUUAACUUUUCGCGGAGUGUGCAAGAUAGUGUUGCUCGCACAUUUUGUCAUGAGCUUGCUCAAAUGUGUCAAGUGUCUGGCAUGGAAUUCAAUCCAGAGCCUGUCAUUCCCAUCUACAAUGCCAAGCCAGAGCAGGUAGAGAAAGCUUUAAAGCAUGUUUAUUAUGAUUAUUCUACAAGAAUUAAUGAAAGGUUGCUAUUUGGUACUUGUAUUAAUCCUUAUUUAUUUUCAGGUGAUCUCAAGCGUAUUUGUGAAACUGACCUUGGUUUAAUUUCACAAUGCUGUCUGACAAAACAUGUCUUCAAGAUCACCAAACAGUACUUGGCAAAUGUAUCUCUAAAGAUCAAUGUUAAGAUGGGAGGUAGAAACACUGUUCUUCUAGAUGCUGUAAGCUGCAGAAUACCGUUGGUUAGUGACAUACCAACCAUAAUAUUCGGAGCAGAUGUUACUCACCCUGAAAAUGGAGAAGACUCUAGCCCUUCAAUAGCUGCUGUAGUAGCAUCCCAGGACUGGCCUGAAGUGACAAAAUAUGCUGGUUUAGUGUGUGCUCAAGCUCAUAGACAGGAGCUUAUACAAGAUUUGUACAAAACUUGGCACGAUCCUGUUCGUGGCACAGUCAGCGGUGGCAUGAUCCGAGAUUUGUUGGUUUCGUUUAGAAAGGCGACAGGGCAAAAGCCACUAAGGAUUAUAUUUUACAGGGAUGGUGUAAGUGAAGGACAAUUUUACCAAGUUCUCCUUUAUGAAUUAGAUGCAAUCCGGAAGGCAUGUGCUUCCUUAGAACCAAACUAUCAGCCUCCGGUAACUUUCAUAGUUGUACAAAAACGACAUCAUACACGGUUAUUCGCUAACAACCACCGGGACAGGAGCAGUACAGAUAAGAGUGGGAAUAUAAUGCCUGGAACUGUUGUUGAUUCUAAAAUAUGCCAUCCAACAGAAUUUGAUUUCUAUCUAUGCAGUCAUGCUGGCAUUCAGGGUACAAGUAGGCCUGCCCAUUAUCAUGUUCUGUGGGAUGAAAACAACUUCACAGCAGAUGGAAUUCAAUCUUUGACAAACAAUCUGUGUUACACAUAUGCUAGAUGUACUCGAUCUGUAUCAGUUGUUCCUCCAGCAUAUUAUGCACAUUUAGCAGCAUUUAGAGCACGUUUCUAUAUGGAGCCAGAUAUGCAAGAGAAUGACUCUACAGGUGGUGGUAACAGUGGCGGUCGUGGAGGGUCGAAGGGAACUCGAGCAACCGGAGAGUGUGGUGUGAAGCCACUGCCAGCCUUGAAAGAGAAUGUGAAGAGAGUAAUGUUUUACUGUUGAGAUUGGUAGAUGAUUAUGGAGUGCAGUGUUCAUCAUCAUUUCAUAUUAGCUUUGUACAUUAGUGGUAGCUAGUUUAAGUUUUAUAGAUCCAUGAUUAUAGUCCUUAAUAGAGGUUAAGUAUGUAGAGUUUCAUACAAGGUUAAGUUUCAUAAAGAUAUCACACAAACAUUUUUCCAUAAAACCACAGCCAGAUUUCCAACAUCAGUUUUGAUUAAGACAAUUUCGAAUCAUCAGCAAAAUUGAGAGGAUAUUUGAUAUU